AUGUCUGAAUGGAGGUGCCUCGGCCAUGCCAGUGUUUUGCUGACCAUUCUCCUAGACCUAACACACCAGGGACCCCAUGGCUCUGCCUCGCCAACCAGCAAGUUGUUGAUGACGAGCUAUUCCGUACGUUCCACGGUGGUGUCGCGUUAUGCGCACACUCUGGUCACCUCUGUUCUCUUCAAUCCACACGAUGAAGCCCAUGAAGCCACCUUUGACCUGGAUCUUCCUCGCAUCGCCUUUAUCUCCAAUUUCACAAUGACCAUCGACAAUAAAGUCUAUGUUGCAGAAAUCAAGGAAAAACACCAGGCAAAGAAAAUCUAUGACAAAGCCUAUCAGCAAGGAAAGACAUCAGCUCAUGUAGGCAUGAGGGACCGGGAAUCAGAGAAAUUUCAAAUCUCCACUAGGCUGGCAGCAGGCACAGAGGUAACUUUUGUCCUGGCCUAUGAAGAACUUCUACAACGACAUCAGGGCCGGUACCAACUGGUGGUAAGCCUGAGACCUGGACAGCUGGUGAGGAAGCUGACUGUAGAAAUCACUGUGUCUGAGAGAACUGGCAUUGCCUAUGUGCAUAUACCUCCACUGAGGACCAACAACCAAACAGCGAGCACCAACAACCAAACAAGUGAGGGUGACUUACCCCCAUCUACCAGGAUACAGAGGGCAGAGACCUGUGUCCGCAUCACCUUCUCCCCAACACUGCAAGACCAGUCUGCCUUCUCCAGCUCAGGCAUCAUGGCUGACUUCAGAGUCCACUAUGAUGUGGUCAUGGAGGACAUCAUUGGAGACGUACAGAUCUAUGGUGGCUAUUUCAUUCACUACUUUGCCCCCAGAGGCCUCCCACCAGUGGAGAAGAAUGUGGUAUUUGUUAUAGAUGUCAGCGGCUCCAUGUUUGGAACUAAGUUGCAGCAGACUAAAAAGGCCAUGAACACAAUCCUCAGUGACAUGCAAGCCAGCGACUACUUCAACAUCAUUUCCUUUUCUGACAAAGUUAACAUCUGGAAAGCUGAAGGCUCAAUCCAGGCUACUGCUGAAAACAUUCAUAGUGCCAGGAACUACCUGAGUCGCAUGGAAGCAGAUGGCUGGACCGACAUCAACGCAGCUCUGCUGGCAGCUGCUUCAGUGCUGAACCAUAGCAACCAGGAGCCUGGAAAGGGCCGUGGUGUGGGGCAGAUUCCUCUUAUCAUGUUCCUGACAGAUGGGGAGCCCACAGCCGGCGUGACAACUCCCAGUGCGAUCCUUUCCAACAUCCGUCAGGCAUUGGGCCACAGGGUAUCUCUUUUCAGUUUGGCCUUUGGGGAUGAUGCUGAUUUCUCACUACUGCGCCGGUUGUCCCUGGAGAACCGGGGAGAAGCAAGACGCAUACACGAGGACGCUGAUGCAGCUCUGCAGCUAGAGGGUCUCUAUGAGGAGAUUUCCAAGCCUCUACUGGCAGAUGUGCGCCUGGACUAUCUGGGUGGUUUGGUUGGGACCUCCCCUAGGGCCCAUUUCCCUAACUAUUUUUGUGGUUCAGAGCUGGUGGUGGCUGGCAAGGUGCAACAAGGUGAGCAGGAACUGGGCAUCCACCUAGCAGCCCGUGGCCCCAAUGGUCAACUUCUUGUGGCCCGCCAUAGUGAAGAAGCCACCAACAGCAGCCAGAAGGCCUUUGGUUGCCCCGGGAAACCUGCCCUCAAUGUGGCCCACUUUAUCCGCCGCCUGUGGGCCUAUAUCACUAUUGGGGAACUGCUGGAGGCACGCUUCCAAGCCCGGGACCCUACCACUCGCAGACUGCUGGCUGCCAAAGCCCUCAACCUAUCCCUUGAAUACAACUUUGUCUCACCUCUGACCUCACUGGUUGUGGUACACCUCGAGAAGACCAAUGAAGUAUCCAGGAGCCAGCCAUCCACGACAGCUGAGGCAAGCAGAGUCACACCCUCACCCAGCAAAAGCCUUGGCCUGGGAGUAGGCACAGCUCAACCACCCUCGGUCCUCAAGGUCUCUCCCAAAUCAAAGCCCAUGAAGCCCAACUCAACUGUUACUGCCCCUAAAAGGAAGUCCAAAGAGCUGGGGGCACUAAGCCAGUCCUCUAAUGCCCUGCCAACAUCAGUACAACCAAAGCCCCAAAUUCCAACCCAAGAUUCCAGUACCUUGGCACUGCCAACUUUGAAGAUGAAACCUAUUGCCCCUGUGCCUUCAAGUUCUAAUGCCCCGUUACCUCUGAAGCCCAGCACUCCAUCACACCAGAAUCCUGGUGUGACAUCACUUAUUAAUUCUAGGACACGUGUCCUACCUCUGAACCCUGUCAGCCCCACCCAGCCCAAAGGUGACACUAUGAAGCAUUUUAAUCCGUUUACUCCUUCUGAAUUUCCGGCUUCAUCAGAUGCUCAGCCUACACCUGAUUCCCCAUCAUACCCUCAACCUGGGGAACCCAUAGCACAGUCACCACAAAGCCUGCCGCAGCCCAAGUCUGUCUCCACAUUUCAGAUAACCAAACACCCAUUACAACUCAGCUCCAAAGGUCUUGCUCCCAAGACUCCUUCAAAUUUACCAGACCCUAGAUCUGGGAUCAUCUUGCCCAAGUCUCCUAAAAUCCCUUCACCUCUUAAACCUAAUAUCUCAUCUCACCAAACUUCUACUAGCUUACUACGUUCCAAGUCCAGAACCCCAACUCCCCAUAACACCCAAAUUCCACUACCCGCCAGGGCCAGGGCAGUAGUUCUUCAAAGCCUCGACACAUCCUCAAGCACACUCUCAAGUUCCACAAGUCCCAGCAGUACUGUGGCCACGUCUCUUCCUGGGGAACCUCUCCCUUCUCCCUUUACCCCUACUCUGACCUCUCUGCUUCCUGCUGCAAGACUCUGGCAUCAGCAAGACUCACUGCUGGGACCCAAGAGCACCAGCACUCUCCCUGAGGCCUUCAGUCUUCAUCUUCUCCCAGAGAAGCUCCAGCUGCUGCCAGAGUCAGUGGUAGAGUCCAAGUUCAUGGAGUCCUUGAACCCACCAGUCUUCUAUACCUUCCUCACUCCUGACAAAGACGGAAGUCCACACUGGGAUGGCAAUUCUGAGGGAAUCCCGGGAGGAGCUGAACGUGAUAUGGACUCUAAGGAAAGUUCCAUGGAGCUAGUAAAAGGCACAUUGCCAGGCAUCUUCACCUUCUGGUCCUUUGUGGAUGGGGAUCCCCACUUUGUGGUCCACAUUCCUCACUCAGGAGAGAAGAUCUGCUUCACACUGGAUGGGCGCCCAGGGGACCUACUGCAACUCAUAGAGGACCCUAGGGCAGGGUUGCGUGUGAGUGGCAAGUUGCUUGGAGCACCGCCAAGACCAGGCCACGAGGACCAGACCCGUACAUACUUCCAGAUCAUCACAAUCACUUCAGAUAAACCCCGGGCCUACACUAUUACAGUAAACCGCAGUUCCAUAUCUGUGCAUGGUGAGGGCACCUUGAUCUUACCCUGGAACCAGCCUGCCCUGGUGAAGAAGCCCCAGCUGAAGCUCCAUGUGGCUUCUGCAACCCAUCUCACCAUCCAACUUGGGCCCCACCUCAACUUCCUCAUCCUUCGCCACCACUACAGACACCCUAGCAUACUACAGCUACCCCAUUUGGGGUUUUAUGUGGCCAAUGGCUCAGGCCUCAGCCCCUCAGCCCGUGGCCUGAUGGGACAGUUUCAGCACCCAGGCAUCCAGCUGGUAACAGGACCUACUGGGUCUUAUUUACAGAAGCACCAUGGCCCAGAUGUGCCAGUGGUACUAGGCAAGAAGCUGCUGAAAGAAUCAUCAAGGCUUCGUCCUCGCUGGACUUCAUGCUGGCUGGUGAAACGCUCUCAUGUCGAACAGCUGCUGGGCCAGCCCUACCUUGCCUAUGUUCUGUGA